UUUACACGUGGCCGCCGGCGCCACGAGGCCCACCGGUCGUCCGCCGGCCACCCGACGAUGCACGUCAUGACGCCGCUGCUCACGUGCUGCCUGUGCAUGGCUCUGUGGACGCUGACCGCGGCAGAAGGCGAGGCGUGCGUGGUGGACGCGGCCGGCACCAGCGGCGAGUGCAGGCGGUUGAUCCGGUGCCAACCUUUGCACAAGCUGUACCUGGCGCGCAAGGCCGGCACGGCCGGGCCGGAGGCGGUGACGAAACUGCGCGCUCUGGCUGCCAAGUGCCCGCCAGCGGCACCGCGCCGUCUCUUGGUCUGCUGUCAGAACGAGGUCACCGGAGGUCUCACGACCCCCGCGCCGUACCGCAGCGCCGUCUCGAGCGCGUCAGCUCUGCUUCCCACCGAGGACGUGUGUGGCAAAUCAUUCUCCGGCAUGCGCGUCAUCGGCGGUGUGGACGCCGAGAUCGCCCAGUUCCCCUGGAUGGCCUCCGUCCAGGCCGUCACAGGUCAGCAGCUCAGACAUACCAUCCCGUCCGUCAAAGAAAGUUUGACAUCGCACACCCCCUCACCAAGCCUCUGGUGUCCGAAGCGAUUCCCUCCAGGAAGAGAGCGGCCCUCGCCAACCAGGUCAUGGACACCGCACGCAGAUCAGUCAAUAAACCGAGCUGGGCCAAGCAACACAAAGGAAAACAUUGGGAAAUGCCAGGACUCUGAACGGCGGCACAUCUGCGGCGCCACUCUCAUCACCUCUCGACACGUGCUGACGGCGGCGCACUGCGUCGUCUUCCUGUCGAACCCCGCUGUUCAGCCGGUGUCGGUGAUCCUGGGAGAACUUGACUUCGACAGCGAAAUAGACUGUUCGAAAGAGUUCCCUGACGAGUGCGCCGACCCACCGAUCGAGGUUGAAAUCUCCGCAAUCUUCUUUCAUCCCGAGUUCCAGAACAUUAAACAGUUGGCGCUGCCAAGAGACAUCGCCAUCGUGCAACUAGCCGAGGAGGUCACGUUCACCGAUUUCAUUCGGCCGAUCUGCGUGCUGACAGACCUGUCCGUCCUUGAGGGCACCACUGACAUCGCUCCCGACGGUCAAGCAGUGGUGGCUGGCUGGGGAAGGAGUGAGAUCGACAGCCAGAAUGACUUCACUGCUAUCCUCCAAACGACAACGUUACCAGUGCGAGCUCUAGCCAGCUGCGAGAGAGACUUCAAUUUUGAAGACUUGGGCCUGGAGGGACGCAUCUGCGCUGGAGCCGGCCCCAACAGCUCUGACGCAUGCCGUGGUGACUCUGGCGGCCCCCUCAUGAUGCCAGUGCUGGCGCGGUAUUGCAACAUGCAGCCGAUCCUCCGAUUCAUCCAGCAACUUUCUUUCCUCAUCGGCUCAAACAGUGCGACAGGGCGUCAGAUGGUACCAAACGGGCAUUUCGUCGUUCGGCACGAAGGGAUGUGGCAAGCUCGCAUGCUACACCAGAGUCCUGGACUACACCGACUGGAUACUGGAACAGCUUCGCAUGCCUUAAAGGGACAUCCUGCAUCACGCCUUCAUUACCUUCAACGGGGAUGCGCGUCGUUCCCCAAAAUGUGCGGUGUGAGCAGGAAAGGAAAGUUCCCCACCCUCAGCAAGAGAAAGGUGCGAUAGGGUACCACCAUGAAUCGAGGAAAACUGGCAGGCGCCUUCCGUGGCAUGAGUGCAGAAGCGCGAGCAUGUGCAUCGGGAGCCUUCAUAACACUGCAAAGUGCUCUAGUGGUGAAUCGAUCGACGCUCGUGGCGGUUAGCGCCUGGUUAGGAUCUGAGGUAUCGUAUAUAUCUUUUAUCUAGCCAACGACUCGCUGGUUUGCUUGGAUAAGAAGGCUCUGUGUGCGUUUGCAGGGAAGCACUGUGGUCGUUCACGAAGGCCUCGUUCGUCUGCUGUAUAAAUUUUAGUUUCCGACAGGUGGCCGAUCCAUGGUUAGAGCAAGUUAUCUGCUUGGGCUCGGACACGUAGCGUCAUGUUUUGUGUAGUGUACCAAUUACGGUUCUUUUCGGCGUUAUGAUUGCAGAAUGUGUGUGCUGAAAAUUGAUGCCUUUUGAUGUGCCUGAGCUAUGCAAUGAUAGCACCGUCUGGACGCACAUUGGCCAGCGCCACCUACAGCACCUUCUUCUAGCAGUCCUGCCGCAAGCAUUCUGCAACACUGUCCCACAAGCC